AUGGACAAAGUCAAUCAGACUAGAGUCACAGAAUUCCUUCUCCUGGGACUCUCUGGGAAGUUAGAGCAAGAAGAGAUUCUCUUUGGGCUGUUUUUCAGCAUGUACCUGGUCACCAUUAUUGGGAACUCUCUCAUCAUCCUGGCCAUCAGCUGGGACAGCCACCUCCAUACCCCCAUGUACUUCUUCUUGGCAAACCUCUCUUUUGUGGAUAUUUGCUUUACAUCAAUUACAAUCCCCAAGAUGCUGGUGAAUCACAUGAUGGGAAGCAAGUCCAUCUCCUUCGUGGGAUGCAUGACCCAGAUCUAUCUCUUCAUCACCUUCAUCAAUAUGGAUGGCUUCCUCCUGAGUGUCAUGGCCUAUGACCGCUAUGUUGCCAUCAGCUCCCCACUGCACUACACCAUGAUCAUGAGGCCCAAGCUCUGUCUCCUCCUGCUGGCUGUCUCCUGGAUCAUCACUAACCUGCAUGCUCUCCUGCACACUCUUCUCAUGGUCAGACUCACAUUUUGUUCCAACAGUACUUUGCACCACUUCUUCUGUGACCCUUACCCUGUCCUAAAGCUCUCUUGCUCUGAUACCUUUAUCAAUGUCCUGAUGGCACUCAUUGUGGGUGGACUGACAUCUAUUUCACCCUUUACAUGUAUCAUAGUCUCCUAUGUUUACAUCUUCUCUAAUGUCCUGAAGCUGCCAUCUGCACAGGGAAUAAAGAAAGCCCUGUCUACAUGUGGGUCCCACAUCACAGUGGUCUCCCUGUUCUAUGGGGCAAUCCUGGGGGUCUAUAUGCACCCUUCAUCUUCCUACUCAGUGCAAGACAUAGUGGCCACUGUGAUCUUUACAGUGGUGACUCCCCUGGUCAAUCCCUUCAUCUACAGCCUGAGAAAUAAUGAUAUGAAAGGAGCCAUAAGAAAACUAAUCUUUAGGAUACUAGUUUUGUCAGAUCCUCAAUUUAGAACAUUUUAG